CAUCGCGGGUUCCUCCGGCAACGGAAUGAGUUCCGAAGUUCCGGUCGAAACCACCUCGGUCGCCAUGGUUGUGCCUUCCUCACCGCUGCCCUUCGGGUCGAGUGUGGGGGCUGCCACCAUGACCUCCUUCUCGAUGCCGAGCUCGAUUUUCAGAUCCCCCCAGCCCAAUGAAGCCAACGACCCCCUUGUGGCGAUGGUGAACCAAGCGUGGUACCACAACAACUAUCUCGCCAUAAAUAUUAUUCUUGAAGGGCUGGGAGAUACGUUGUACCCCGUCUAUGCCGGUGCUAAGCUUGCAAAAGAGCUUUGGAAUGGCUUGAACAAGAAGUAUCAAGCUGAAGAUGCCGGCACGAAGAAGUUCAUCGUCGGGAAGAUGCUGGACUACAAGAUGGUUGACAACAAAUCUGUUGUCGCCCAAGCUGAAGAGCUUACGGUCAUCUUCAAUAAAUGCAAUGAAGAGAAAGUAGGCGUCAGUGAGGAAUUCCAAGUGGCAGCCAUCAUCCACAAACUUCCCCGAUCGUGGGAAGACUUCCAAGCCGACCUCAAGCUCAAAAGAACAGAGCUAAACCUGGAGCAACUGCUCACACGACUGAGAAUCAGAGAGGAGGGGCUUGCUAGAAGAAGUGGAGGGGCAAAGGCGAAUGUUGUAGAACAUCCGUCGGGCUCCUCACAUGGCGGGAAGGACAAAAAGAAAAUGGGUCCUAAGGGUGGUGUUUCUAAAUUUGCAGGAAAAUGCUACAAUUGUGGCAUUACUGGGCAUCGUUCCUCCGAUUGUAGGAAAAAGAAGCCACAAAAGGGAAAGAAGAAAACCAUAGAAGCCAUGUGUACGGAGCUUGACAACUUGGACCUCUGCGCGGUUGUCACCGAAGUGAAUCUCGUCGGGUCAAACCCGAAGGAAUGGUUUGUGGACACAGGAGCCACACGCCAUAUUUGUUCAAAUCGGAGCAUGUUUCACGACUUUCAAGAGAGCUCCGGUGACAAGAACCAGAUGCGUGUUCCACGACCAUAAUGGGCACACCCAUGAGAACGGAAUGAUGGUUGGUUGAAACUUGUGUAUUGUAUAUCAUCGUUUACAUAAACGGCAGUACAGUUC